GCUCACCUAAUUCAGAAUCCAUUCGCCGUGUACCAACUCAUGACGGGUACGAGCUGUUAUGAUCCCGAUGGAUGUGGAGAGGGAGAAAAGUAUGUCGUCCCGCUCUGACAGGUCAGUGAAUAAAAGCGGAUCAACAGGAGAAGUCUGUCCUGCCUCUAUUUAUACCAGCCAAGCAGCUCUUUGCUGUCAAUGUCAGUGUUGGGUUGAUCCUCUUAGUGUCCCUCACAUGCUGGAACAGCGAGGACGACGCUCCGGCAGCCACAAGGAGCAAAGGAUCAGACUGCAUACAUGCAGAUCACUGGACGCACUAUAGAGAACAGCUCUGUCAAUUACACUCAGUGACUUUGUCAGGGACUCUUCAGGCCUGCUUGUAGUUGUUUCUGGGAGGUGUUUGGAUAAGCUGGAGGGUAGCAGGCUGUCCUGUGAGGCAGACAUGACUCUGCUGGACUGUGCUGGAGCCAGAAUAUCCGGGUGUUGGUCGCUGAGGGGUGACAGCAGUGGGAGCGGGGAGGACUCUUUGGACCGGCUGCUGCCUCCUGCUGGGGCCCCGCGCAAGAAGAGCGCCACCUCUCUGAGCAAAACAGAGCCUCCUCUGCUCCGCACUGGAAAACGCACCAUCUACACGGCCGGCCGCCCUCCCUGGUAUGACGAGCACGGCGCUCAGUCUAAGGAGGCCUUUGUCAUCGGGUUAUGUGGGGGCAGCGCUUCAGGGAAGACCACCGUGGCCAAUAAGAUCAUCGAGGCACUGGACGUGCCGUGGGUGGUGCUUCUGUCUAUGGAUUCGUUCUAUAAGGUCUUAUCUCCUGAGGAACAGGUCCUGGCAGCACAGAACGACUACAACUUUGACCACCCCGGGGCUUUUGACUUUGAACUGCUGGUUGCCACCCUGAGGAAACUGAAGCAGGGCAGGAGUGUGAAGAUCCCGGUGUAUGAUUUCACCACGCACAGAAGGCAAAAAGACUGGAAGAACCUGUAUGGCGCCAGCGUUAUCAUCUUUGAAGGAAUUAUGUCUUUUGCCGACAAAGAGCUUCUUCAGCUGCUGGAUAUGAAAAUCUUUGUGGACACGGACUCAGAUAUCCGGCUCGUCCGACGGCUUCGCAGGGACAUCACAGAGCGCGGGCGGGACAUUGAAGGCGUCAUCAAGCAGUACAACAAGUUUGUGAAGCCCGCCUUCGAGCAGUACAUCGAGCCAACCAUGAGGCUGGCUGAUAUUGUUGUCCCAAGAGGUGGGGGGAACAUGGUGGCCAUUGAUCUGAUCGUACAGCACGUCCACAGCCAACUGGAGGAGAUCAACAAAGUGGAUAUUCUGCGUGAGCUCAGCGUCAGGGCGCUCCUGGCCUCUGCGCAGCAGAUGCAGCAGCUGCCUCAGACGCUCAGCGUGCUGGAGAGUACGCCGCAGGUCAGAGGCCUGCACACCAUCAUCAGGAACAAAGAAACCAGCCGAGACGAGUUUAUCUUCUACUCCAAAAGAUUAAUGCGCCUCCUUAUAGAACAUGCACUCACGUUCCUGCCCUCUCAGCCGUGUGCGGUUCAGACUCCACAGGGUCAUGAGUAUGAGGGCCGCAGGCACAGUGGAAAAGGGAUCACCGGCGUGUCGAUCCUCCGGGCAGGGGAGACCAUGGAGCCCGCCCUGAGGGCUGUGUGCAAGGAUGUCCGCAUUGGCAAGAUCCUCAUCCAGACCAACCUCGACUCGGGCGAGCCGGAGCUGCAUUACCUUCGUUUGCCCAAAGACAUCAGUGAAGAUCACGUCAUUCUAAUGGACAGCACAGUCUCCACCGGUGCUGCCGCCAUGAUGGCUGUCAGAGUCUUGCUGGAUCACGAGGUUCAAGAGGAUAAAAUUAUGCUGGUGUCUUUGCUGAUGGCAGAACUUGGGGUGCACUCUGUGGCCUACGCCUUCCCCAAGGUGAAAAUUAUUACCACUGCGGUGGACAAAAACCUGGAUGAUUGCUUACAUGUGAUUCCAGGAAUCGGGGAUUUUGGGGACCGGUAUUUUGGGACAGACGGGCAGGAGAUCGACUGGAGUGAUGAAGAGGAGCAGCAGCUAUCAAGCUAACAUUUGCAAACCUCUGCAACCAAAUGACCUAAAAACUUAUGAGCCGAAACCUUUUUUAAUUUCCUUUUGUCUGCUGUGGAUGAAGCGUUGUUUUCUUAAUGCAGCCAGAGUCACAGUCUAGUUUUGGAAACUUUUAAGUCUUUUUUGCAGUACUAAAAUAAUACUUUUGUACAGAAGGGCUGUAAAUGUGGUUCUCUCUUUCAGGUACAACACUUACUUUCACAACAAUAUUUUGUAAUAAAUACCCAGGGCUUGCCUGGACUAAAUGUUCUUUAGUGCAGGACUGUAUGUUAAAUCUUAUCCGAAUAUAUGGAGAUCAGUACUUCAAAUUUAGUGUGGAAAAGUCUCAUUUUUAGGAACAUAAAAGGGUUUGUUACUGGUAUUUAAAAAUGUACUUUUGAUCAUUUGUUCUACUUAAUAGAUUCAAAUAAAACGGACUUUGUAAAGAUUUAUGUAAAAUUGCUGAGUGAAAUGACUUUAAAGCACAUAUUAAGCCUCCUCUCAUUUUAAUGGACAUAUACAAGUUUUAAUAUUUAUAUUUAUGGAUAUUUAGGUACGUUAUUUUGUUUAAUUACUUUUUUUCCCCAAAACUUUUUGUUUACCACUAUGAGAAACGUUUGGACAAAUGGGUAAAUAUGCAACAAAUGUCCUUUUUCUGUAUACUUAUAUCUGCUAAAUUCCAAGUUGUCUCUACAAGUGAAGCUUUAUUAAGCUUAAUAAAUAUUUUUUUCCCUCUUGAGAAUAAAA